GACGGCUGUGAUAGGCUCAUCCUAGAACCCGGCAACUCUGUCAGUGCCCGGAAACCAGCACCGGGGUUCUCUCCCCUUCCUCUUGUAUGUUACCUGUGUGGGAUAUGAUCCCUUAUCAGCAUCCCUCUGGACGUGUUGUGUUUAGUGGUACAGUUUUAUAGUCGUUGUAUGGUUUUACAACUCAGGCUCUGCCUGACCAUCGCACAAAGUGAUUUUACACGUCGGUUUUCUUUAAUGCCUUUACUACCUGAAACAAAACUCACUUUUGUGCCUUUCUGACAACGUCUUAUUGCAUCUCACUUCUGGAUUUUGAUGAACAUUGUGUCUUUGGAUUCUUUUUGUUCUUCUAUAUGUUCUACAUUUGGCUACAUUAACCAGGAGAUCGGCGUUUCAUUUCGGGUAUUCUCUUUUCUUCGCAUUUCCAGUACUUGGAACGAAUGAGACAGGAUAAAAAGAGAUUUACAGGAGAAGACAGUUUGAAAACAUCCCACUACUUUCACCUUACUCGAACUCUUAACUCUAACCCGCGUGGCUGAGGAAAAACCUCCAGUCCAGUCCAGCCCAGUCCAACAGCUUUGCCGAUCUACCCCUGUGACGUCAUCAAAAUGCCAGAGAUGACCACUGUGUGUCAGGAUUCCGGAGGUCCGCAGUCCAUGUUUGGGGCGCGGGGGUCCCAGGGGAUGGGGUCUCUCCACAAUUACUACAGCGGCCACAACGGCUACCCCAGCCCGUCCCCUCAUGGGCAGUACGGUCCCGAGACUUAUGGCGGGCAUUUCCACCAGACAAGUCCAGGAGAGCAGGGAGUCCCCCAUCAGCAUGUCCACCAACAGCAGCAACAACAACAACAGCAGCAGCAACAGCAACAACAUCACCACCAACAGUGGGGCUACAGCAUGGGUGUCGGUGGGAUGUUGGCGAAUGGGCGUGGAGCGGAGGACUGGCCCCAGAACUUUCUCUUGUCCGGAUCCAACGCUAUGUCGGUCACCCGUGUCUAUUCGCAGGCAAGACGCGGACGAAAGACAAGUACCGUGUGGUGUACUCGGACCACCAGAGGCUGGAGUUAGAGAAGGAGUUUCACUUCAGCAAGUACAUCACCAUACGGAGGAAGGCGGAGAUAGCCGUACAGCUGGGUCUGUCAGAGCGACAGGUAAAGAUUUGGUUUCAAAACCGGCGGGCCAAAGAGCGAAAGCAGAACAAGAAACGAGACGAACAGGCGCAACUACAGCAGCAACAGAUCCCAACAAACAAUGGUGGUAUGGGUGGAAGUAGCAGCAGCAGCAGCAGCAACGGCAUCAGCAACAAUAUCAGUAACGACAACAUCAUCAACAACAAUAACAACAACAACAAUAACGUUCACAACAGUCAUUUGUCGGAGCAACACCUUCAGCAGCAGCACCCUCACUUAUCACAACCCCUGGUGCCAAAAAUAGAGCUGGACGAGGAUUCCCCAAGCAAGCACGAGGUAAACCUUCACGGAAGCUCCGCCUUCGCUCCAAAUAUGGGCAUGUCCUCCUCACGUACCACGCCUACCUCCUCCCACAUGACGGGCAGAGAGGGCGUGCAACACCCGAGCCUACAAACCCCGCCCCUUCUGCCGGCGGGCCAAUCGCUGAUGCAGCACCACCGUGCCCACCACGUUCACCAAGGGAUGGGGCGGUACCCAGAUACGUCAUACCCUCCACGCCCCGCCCUCUCGCCCUCCUCGUCCACCCCGGAAGAGAUGAUGACGUACAGACACCAUGCCUCGGACACCUCGGCCAACAGCAUGAACCUCUCGGGCUCUUCAGACAGUGGGGUCGUCAUGACAGGCCCGUGACGUAACACACACUCAACGAUGGUUUCUAAAUAUAGACGUGUCUUCUCGAGAUUUUGCUCACCUUUCCACUGUAUCUACUUCUCUUUUUAUUUACUCUUUUGUUUCUUCUAUUUGGCUUAUUAUAAGGAAUAUUCUCUUCUGCAGAUGCAUUGGUCAUCGUCAGACAUUGUCGGACGAGAUGUUAUGAUGAUGAUGAUGAUGAUGAUGAUGAUGAUGAUGAUGAUGAAGAUGAUGAUGAUGAUGAUGAUGAUGAUGAUGAUGAUGAUGAUUAGAUCUACUUUUCUUCCUUGUCAUCUCGUCGACACCGGCGUCUCUGGUGUAACGGUUAGGCGCUUCGCCGUGGCACGCAACAAGAGUCCCGAGUUUGAUUCUCGUGUAGAGAGAACUUUUAUCGAGUAUCUCUGUCAUUCUGCUGAAACAUCGUAUCCUUCUUCAGCCCGAAUUAGCCGUGUCUGGCAGUGUCGAAGCUCUCCCCUUAACGACCUAAAUUGUGUCAGUGGGAGCUUAAGAAAUACCAAAAUACCUGCAUUAGAAAAAAACAUUGGCUUCUUAGUCAAAGGAUUAUUGCUA